CCUUUUCGCACCCUCCCAGUCCCUCUCGGACUCUCCCUCCUCGUCCUCUUUCCCUCUCUCUUCCUCCUCUCACGUGCCCCCACACGUGCGAAGUCGCCCCCGCCUUGGCUCCUUCCCCCCUUUAUACAGCGCCCCACUUGGACCGCUCUAGGGCUUUGCUUCAGAGUCUCCUUCGCGUCCGGGCGACGACGGUCUGAAACCUAGGCGGCCGCCCCCAUGGACCCGCGGCGCCACCACAAGAACGCCGGCAACGGCCUUUCGUAUUCCAAUCUCUUCAAUCUUGAGUCUUUGAUGAGCUUUCAAGUUCCCCGGCUAGAAGAUGAUUUUGAUAACUAUGGCAAUGACAGUCAGGAUGAGAGCAGAAGUAGCCAAGGUCAAGGAACCAUGCUGGACCAUUGUAAUGGAGCCAGCACUGUUAGGUCUUCAGAAUUGAGUAGGAGGCAGAAGAGGCGUUUAGUUGGAUCUGAGGCUGCAUCGAACUCAUCCUUAUGGGGAGAUGCUAAUAGUAGUGAUGAGGAUGAUGAAGACUAUGAAUCACAAAUCACUGAGGAGCAGUACCGUGCAAUGCUCGGAGAGCAUGUACAAAAGUAUAGGAGGGUGAGGCUUAGAGAUUCCUCAUCAGGGUUGGCUUCUGCUCGGACAGCAAUGCCAGGUCUGAAACGCAGUAAUGGUACAAAGGUGGGGAAGUACAGUAGUGAGCCUAUAGUUUCUGCAAAGGAAGAGGGAGCAUUAUGGGAGAUUGAAAGAUCACCAGAGCAUUAUGAGGCUGAUUUUGAUUUGGAAUAUGGUGGGGUUAGCAGGUUUUCUUCCUCUACUGAUUCCGCUUAUUUGGAUAUCGGGGAGGGUAUCACAUAUAGGAUACCUCCAACUUAUGAUAAGCUUGUGACUACCUUGAAACUGCCAAGUUUUUCGGACAUUCGGGUAGAGGAAUAUUUCCUGAAGGGCACAUUGAAUUUACCAUCUCUGGCAGCUAUGAUGGCUACAGAUCGAAGAUUCGAGGCUUGGAAUCAAAGCGGGUUGGGUGAGCCUCAACCACGAUAUGAAUCACUUCAGGCCAGAUUGAAGUCAUUUCCAUCUGGAAAUUCGAAUCAGAAGUUCACUCUCCAAGUGUGUGAUGUUGAUCUGGAUCCCUUCUCAAUUCCAGAAGGAGCAGCUGGGAGGAUACGGCGGUCAAUUAUGUCUGAAAAUGGUACCUUACAGGUCUGCUAUGUUAAAGUCUUGGAAAAAGGGGAUACAUAUGAGAUUAUUGAGCGCAGCUUGCCUAAGAAGCAAAUAGUGAAGAAAGACCCUUCAGUAAUUGAGAAAGAGCAGGCAGAGAAGAUUGGGAGAUUGUGGGUGAAUAUCGGGAGACGAGAUAUUCCAAAGCAUCACAGGAUAUUUACUAAUUUUCAUAAGAAACAGCUUGCUGAUUCCAAACGCUUCUCAGAGACUUGCCAAAGAGAGGUAAAAUUGAAGGUGAGCAGGUCACUCAAAUUGGUGAGAGGUGCUGCAAUUCGUACUAGAAAGCUUGCUAAAGACAUGCUGAUAUUCUGGAAAAGAAUAGAUAAGGAGCAGGCAGAACUGAGGAAGAAAGAAGAAAGGGAUGCAGCUGAAGCUUUGAAGCGUGAGGAAGAGCUUCGUGAAGCAAAGAGACACCAGCAGAGGCUCAACUUUCUCUUGUCACAAACAGAGCUGUACAGUCAUUUUAUGCAGAAUAAGUCUACUGCACCACCGGUUGAAACCUUAUCCCUGGCAGAAGGUGAAUCUAAAGCUCCAGAAGAGGGAUUGAUCCUUGGAGAUGUCAAACCAGGAGAGGAAGAAGAUCCUGAGGAAGCUGAAUUAAAAAGGGAAGCUUUGAGGGCAGCUCAACAAGCUGUCUCCCAGCAAAAGAAGAUAACAAAUGCAUUUGACAAUGAAUGUUUGAAGCUGCGCCAAGCUGCUGAAGCUAAUGUUCCAGCAGAUGAUUCAUCUAUUGCAGGGUCUAGUGACAUAGACCUACUGCAUCCCUCGACAAUGCCCGUAAAAUCGACUGUGCAGACACCAGAGUUGUUCAAAGGCACUCUUAAAGAAUAUCAGUUGAGGGGAUUGCAGUGGCUCGUUAAUUGUUAUGAGCAGGGUUUGAAUGGUAUCCUUGCUGACGAAAUGGGCCUUGGGAAGACCAUCCAAGCAAUAGCAUUCUUGGCUCAUUUAGCUGAGGAGAAGAAUAUAUGGGGCCCUUUUCUGGUGGUUGCACCAUCAUCCGUCUUGAACAAUUGGGCCGAUGAAAUUGAUAGAUUCUGUCCUGAUCUGAAAAUACUUCCUUAUUGGGGUGGGCUCCAAGAAAGAAUGGUGCUUAGAAAAAAUAUCAACCCUAAGCGACUAUAUCGAAGGGAGGCUCGAUUCCACAUACUAAUUACUAGCUACCAGUUACUUGUGACUGAUGAGAAGUGCUUACGGCGUGUGAAAUGGCAAUAUAUGGUAUUAGAUGAAGCCCAGGCGAUAAAGAGUUCAAACAGCAUUCGAUGGAAGACAUUACUCAGCUUUAACUGUAGAAAUCGUUUGCUUCUGACUGGAACACCCAUACAGAAUAACAUGGCUGAACUGUGGGCCCUUCUUCAUUUCAUCAUGCCAACUUUAUUCGACAGCCAUGAGCAGUUCAAUGAAUGGUUUUCAAAAGGCAUCGAGAACCAUGCAGAACAUGGAGGCACUCUGAAUGAGCAUCAGCUUAAUAGACUGCAUGCAGUUCUAAAGCCUUUUAUGUUGCGUCGGGUUAAGAAAGAUGUCAUAACAGAGUUGACUGGGAAGACAGAAGUCACAGUUCACUGUAAAUUGAGCUCCCGACAACUGGCUUUUUAUCGUGCUAUAAAGGACAAGAUAUCCAUCACUGAGCUGUGCAAUGGUAGUCGUGGCCAUCUAAAUGACAAGAAAAUAGUUAAUUUGAUGAACAUAGUUAUUCAAUUACGAAAGGUCUGCAACCACCCAGAGUUAUUUGAGCGUAAUGAGGGAAGUUCCUAUUUUUACUUUGCGGAUAUCCCAAAUUCUCUACUUCCUCCUCCAUUCGGGGAACUGGAAGACAUACAUUAUGCUGGAGAUUGGAAUCCUAUAACAUACAAGGUGCCAAAGCUGGUCCAUGAAGAGAUCAUCCAAAAUGCUGAAAUGCCUUCUUCUGUUUCUGGAUGUCGCAUUCAGUGCAGAUCUUUGAAGAGACUUUUUAAUAUAUUUUCACCAGACAAUAUUUAUGAGUCCACAGUGUCACAAUACAGAUGCUCAAAUGAUUAUUGCAUGAGUGAUGGAGCAUUUGGGUUUACUCGUUUGAUAGAUUUAUCCCCGGCAGAAGUUUCUUUUUUAGCUAAUUGUUCUGUACUUGAAAGGUUGGUAUUUUCUGUAAUGAGGUGGGAUAGACAGUUUAUUGAUGAAACUUUAGACCUGUUCAUGGAUUUAGAAGGUGAUGAUCUUCAAUACAAUCACCUGGAUAAAGGAACGGUUAGGGCUGUCGCACGGAUGUUGCUGCUGCCAACAAAAUCUGAGGCAAGUUUACUCAGAAGAAGGCUUGCAACCGGUCCAGGUGAUGACCCAUAUGAGGCAUUAGUCUCCUCUCAUCAGGAUCGGUUCAUAUCCAAUACUAGACUUCUGCAUGCAACAUAUUUUUUCAUUCCACAAGCCAGAGCCCCACCAAUUAAUGCUCAGUGCCCUGACAGGAGCUUUGCCUACCAAAUGGUUGAGGAAUUGCAUCAUCCUUGGACGAAAAAACUGUUUGUUGGGUUUGCUCGUACGUCUGAGUUUAAUGGUCCCAGAAGACCUAUUGAUCCUCAUCAUUUGAUCCAGGAGAUGCCCUCAGAAUCGUAUGUUCCGCCCUUGCUUGAGCUCCCAUACAGCAUAUUUGGUUCCUCUCCACCAAUGCGAAGCUUUGAUCCUGCAAAAAUGCUUACGGAUUCUGGGAAGCUUCAGACACUGGAUAUACUAUUGAAACGUCUACGAGCUGAAAACCAUCGUGUGCUUUUGUUUGCACAAAUGACAAAAAUGUUGAAUAUUCUCGAGGACUAUAUGAACUACAGAAAAUACAGAUAUUUAAGAUUUGAUGGAUCGUCCAAUCUGAUGGAUCGUCGUGACAUGGUUAGAGACUUCCAGCGUCGGAAUGACAUUUUUGUUUUCUUGCUGAGCACUAGAGCUGGAGGACUUGGAAUCAAUCUGACAGCUGCUGAUACUGUAAUCUUCUAUGAAAGUGACUGGAAUCCAACAUUAGAUCUACAGGCAAUGGAUAGGGCACAUCGACUGGGUCAGACAAGGGAGGUUACCGUAUAUAGGCUAAUAUGCAAGGAGACAAUUGAGGAAAAGAUUUUGCAAAGAGCAAGCCAGAAGAAUACUGUUCAACAGCUGGUCAUGACAGGUGGUCAUGUGCGGGGUGAUUUGAUUCCUGAGGAUGUUGUUUCUCUACUUCUUGAUGAUGCACAGUUAGAUCAGAAACUGAGAGAAACAUCCCUGCAGGCCAAGGAUCGGCAGAAGAAAAAACGAGUAACAAAGGGUAUACAUGUAGAUGCAGAAGGGAAUGUGUCUUUGGAAGACUUGAUGCAGGAUGCAGAAUAUGAACCAGAGAAUGCAACUAACAAAAAGAGGAAAUCAGAUUCUCAGAAGAAAAAUCCUCCAAAGCCACGGAAUCCUCAGAAAAUUGCCAAGAAUACAGAUCUGCCUGAGGAGUUGGACGAACCUAGCCCAAUUGGAUAUGAGGAAGAUCAGAUCAUGCAACAGAGGCCAAAAAGACCAAAGAGGCCAACAAAGAGUGUGAAUGAGAACCUUGAACCUGUGUUCAACUCCACUGCCAACAUGCUGACCACAAACUCUACCAACGUAUCAGCCGUCAUCAUAUGACCUGCCCUGGUGACCAUAGGGGCGGUGUAGAGGAAGGAAUGCCAUCUCAUGCUCGUUCUCCAACUACACAGAAUUUUUUGAUGGGAGAUUUGAAGCAUUAAUCAAUCUUAGGUUAGCCCUAAGGAUCGACAUGGAGACCUACAAGUAAUCAUGCAUCCCUAGCAGUAUGUGUGGGCCUGAGGCUCUAUAGGCGGCGAGUGCAUGUGCUCCAUUCUGGAGAAUAAGCAUUGCGAGCUUUGGAGCUGUAUGAGCUUUGCCUAUGAUCAUCUAGAAUCAGGAUACAGUUGUCAUUGGCACAGCAAAUGGUUAUGGGCAGGGUGGAAUCUUCAGAAUUAGUGGAUGCUCAGAUGAGAGAGAUAUCUAAUGUAUUGUUGGUUAUAUCUUAAUAUUUUUUUGGUGUUAAAUUCAAGGUUUUGGUUUUCUUACACCGAAGGCCAUCGAUAUUGCCAGAUGGUAGAAAGUGUCAUGGGGAGGCUGCUGUGUAAAUAAGCAUUAUAAGGGUAGAGAUAAGUGCUCAUUUAAGUACUGGAACUAUUGAUAGCUCUAUGCUGUAUAGCUGGGUAUAAUAUUAUCUUUUCAAAUGUUAGUAUUUGUGUAAAAUGUUGGUCUUUCUA